AUGUCGAGCUCGGAUCCAAGGAUAGAAACGUUUGAUGCAACUGACGGUACUCCACUUUUGUCAGCCACGUCUGAUGAAGCAGAGGCUGACAGGAAGCUUUACGAUGGCCUAAGGAGGGUUGCAGAUUCUUUUCCGCUCUCAGUGUGGCUUAUUGCGACUAUUGAGCUAUGCGAAAGAUUUGCCUACUUCGGAAUUAUUGGGCCGUUGCAGAAUUAUAUUCAAAAUUCCGGAAACAAUUUUUCACGCACUGGUGGAAUUGGGCUCGGGCAGGCUUAUGCUACAACGGUAAAUCAAAUAUUCAUGCUUUGGUGUUUCAUUACUCCAAUAAUCGGCGCUAUAGUCGCAGAACAGAACAUUGGACGAGUGAAAACCAUAGUAUACUCUUCUACGGUUUAUGGCUGCGGAUUGGCAACUCUAUUUCUAUCCUCAUUACCCUUUGCCCGGGAUAAUAGCAUCGGCACAGGUGGCAUUAAGACGAACGUUAGCUCCUUGAUUGCAGAGCAAUACAUCGGUCCUAAGGAAGCCAUUAUGUCAUCAAGAUUAUUUACAAUGUUCUUCUUAUAUAUCAAUAUGGGUUCUCUUGCUGCCUUGGUCUCUACGAUAAUUGAACAGAAGUACGGUUUCUCUGCCGCAUUUGCUCUGCCAACAACGGUGUUCCUUGUCGGGCUCAUAAUUCUAUUGGCAAGCAAAGAUCAAUAUAUCAGCCGUGCGCCUGACAAUUCUAUAAUAACCAAAGCCUGUCAAGCGACCUGGAUUGCUGUCAAGAACAAAUUCAGCCUUGACCAUGCACGACCGACCUAUCAAGCCGAGGAAGUUUCAACGGAAACGCCUCCGUGGGAUGACAUUUUUAUCGACGAUUUGAGAUGCGCGUUAUCCGCGUGUAAAGUUUUUCUGUUAUAUCCCUUUUACUGGGCUGCCUACUCCCAGCUUUCAACAAAUUUCGUUUCUCAAGCUGCCACCAUGGAGACACAUGGCAUUCCGAAUGAUGUGAUGACAAGCAUAGACCCUGUCGUUGCCCUCAUCCUAUUACCUAUUCUCGAUCGCUUUAUAUAUCCUUUACUUCGAAGCCUUGGAGCGUCCGUUCGCCAUAUUGAUAGAAUGGCGCUGGGGUUCCUAUUCUGCGGGAUAUCUAUGUUAUAUGCCAGCUUUCUUCAGCGAACUAUCUAUGCGGCCCCGCCUUGCUAUGAUCGCCCACGAUCAGUAGACUGUAUGGGUGGAAAAGCCCCUAAUAGAGUCUCUGUAUUCCUUCAGAUUCCUUCUUAUGUAUUGGUUGCUAUUUCAGAAGUCCUUGCAUCUGUGGCAGGUAUAGAAUACGCAUAUACAAAGGCACCCCAGUCGAUGAAAUCGCUGAUAAUGGCCGUGUACCUAUCAACUGUGUCAGCAGGAGCCUUGAUAGCGGUAACAGUUUCGCCAUUGACGGUGGAUCCGAAAUUGACUUGGAUGUAUGUCGUGCUUGGGAUAGAAACUCUGUUGGCUGGCGCCAUCCUCUGGGUUGCUGCGGUGUGA